UGCCCCCCUGAUCGCCGGGACCAAUCAUGACAUUUGGCUGUACUCCACUCUGGAGACGCUGGAUCUUUGUACUCCGGAUGAGUAUACUGCUCGACUUAGAUAUAAAGAUGCUCUUCCUCACUCGACAAUUCUGUAUACACUGUAUACAGACGAGCGGCAGGUGUGUUGAUCGCAUCAAUUGCUACUCACAGUCUAUAUCUACCUGUCAAUAUCAUCUCCUCCAUCUACCAUACAUCGCUAUCCCCUAUUCAGGGUCUGCUACCCCUCUUAUCUCAUAUCAGUAAAAAAAAGAGCAAAAGAAAAUGCGCCAUUUCGACGCCUGGAUCCUCCGGGAUCCCUACUCUAUCUUCCAUUACUACUCGACCGGACGUCGCUGGCAAGAAUCCGUGCGUGGCAUGAUCCAAGAACGCCAAAUCUGCUCGCCUCAAAUCGACCCAACCAACACCCGCAGCGCCGUCGACGCUCUCGCGUUCAGCAUCUCUUCGCAACCAGAGUCAAACUUCCUUCAAAGACUUCCGCCCGAAAUCCGCGUGAUGAUCUACAAAUACGUCUUCGGCGACGAAGCCGUGCAUCUCGUCCAACUCAAGGGUAAAAUCAGGCACGUGCGCUGCUCAAACCUCUCCUCGUCGAUCAGCAGCCACCGCACCUGCUGCCACGAAACCAGCGCGCGGUGGCGCGCCACCGCCACUGGCGCCGGCCAGCAUGCAGAUAACAUGCUGUACCCUCACACACACUCACUGCUACCUCACAAACUCAGCAAUUCGUCGCUCUCUCUCCUCCGCACCUGCCGCGCCAUCUACCUCGAGGCCGCCGACAUCCCCUACACUGAUCUAGUCUUCGACGUUGACGACCUGCACACCUUCGUCGCCUUCUCGCAGACCGUCUGCCCUGAGCGCCUGCAAUCCAUCAAGCGGCUGACCGUCCAGUGGACGCCGAUCUGGCAACCUCUGGCGGGCGAGGACAGCAAAACAUCAAUCUACGCGCACACGCACAACGACCGCUUGUGGUGUCUGUUUUGGGCGCGCGUGCAGGCGCUCACGGGACUGAAGGAGUUGCGGAUUAGUCUUGAUUUGGGUCGGUUUAUGGGCAAUGCGAAUGCGAAUGCAAAUGUAUUGCUAGGCGGGAACAAGAAGAUUAGUCUGGCAACGAGCGAGAAGUGGGUGACGCCGAUGCUGUCGGUGCGCGGGCUGAAGGAGUUUGAUUUGUGUGUUACGGCCAAGUGUGAUGCGUCCGCGAAGAAUAUUCUGGCAGAGGAGAUUGGGAGGGAUGCCAUGGCGUUGUGUGCGUAUCUCAGAGAAGUGAUGUGUAAGCCCAGGGAGGCGGUGAUGCCGUGUGCACUGGAGGGCGUUGAGAAUCCGGCUUGUCGACCUGCGCAGUUGCUGCUUACAGCGGCAUAGCGUUUAGUUUAUUUUUGUUUGGUUGGUUUUGCAGUGAUACCCAUGAGUUUUUGCUGGUUUGGUGUUGGUGGCAUAGAUUUAGAUAGAUCAAUGAUUAUGAACAUACUCUACUUAC